AGCUUGGAAUACACAAUGUCUGGGGGAAGUGAUUCAACAGGCAGUGAUCUUUGCUCUGUGGAUUUUGAGAUAUUUGGCUAUGUUCAGGGUGUCUGCUUUCGUAUGUAUUCAGAGAGGAAGGGACUCAGCCUUGGUUUGGUUGGCUGGGUGAAGAACACGAACAAGGGGACAGUGGUGGGACAGGUUCAGGGACCACGUCAUCUGGUCAAUGAAAUGAAGAUAUGGCUGAGUAAAGAGGGAAGCCCCAGCAGCCGCAUCACUCGAGCUGUUUUCAAAAACGAGAAGGCCAUCCCAAAACUGGAGCUCUCAGGCUUCUCCACCCGAUUCUGACCUACAAACCAACCACUUAUGUUUCUGAACUGCCGUGUUUUACAGUGUAAUGCUGCUAUUACCGAUCCCACAACCAAACUUGUUAUAAAUUUAUAACAAGUGAAACUAUAAACAUUUAUGUAAAAUGCUUUUAUGCAUUGUACAAGCAAUAAAGUGUAUAUUUCUUUGAAACAAUUAAUGUGUGCACAUGUGUGUAAGAAAACUCUUUACAUAUUGCCUAUUAAUAGC